AUGUACACCAAACAACUCUUCUCUUUACUGCUUAGCUUCGGCUUGAUAGCAGGCUCAAAGGCUCAGAGUGUCUAUACUACUUUGGCAUUGGAUCCUGUUUACCAGACAGUUCCUCCACCCAAGGACGACUUUCCACAAGACGCAAACCAUGUGCGGGUUGUCUCAAUUAUUCUUUCGGCAAUAUCUCUGAUAUUUGUCAUUAUCAACUUUCGGGAAAGUCAACGUUGGGGCUCGACGGUGCCUGUAGCUCUAACAGUUGGGUCUGCUUCAUUUGUCCUAGUUGAAGCAGUGAACUGUUACAUGGCCAAUGUCUACUGGACUGUAUCGCACGACCCUUCAAAACUUAUGUUUACGCUACUGGGGCGUCAGUUCGAUAUAUACGUCGGCAUUAUUUGGUGGUCUUAUGGCGCUGUUCUAAGCUGUGGCAUUUUCGGCGCAUUACAGCGUAACCCUCAAACUGGAACCCUAUGGGCUCUAUUGGCUUUUUCAGGGCUCUUAGAUAUCAUCCUCGAAGAAGUCAUGCUCACCUACGGCGGCAUAUAUAUCUAUUAUGGCCAUCAGCCUCUAGUCUUCAACCUAUUUCCUUGCUGGUGGGCGUUCUGCAACGUGUCGAGCAUCUUCGUCGGCAUCUCCGUCACACACCGAUACAGGAGCUGGCUCGAAGGGUGGAAAAGCCUUCUGGUCCCCUUCAUUCUCCCACUUUGUUACGCUGGAUCUCAAGUUCUCACGGCUUUGCCUACCAUAUAUGCUAUCCAGGCAAACUACCACCCUCUUAUUACUCAGCUCUGUGGGGCGAUGUCUUGUACCCUUGCCAUCGUUCAGGUGGCAGUAAUUAUGGACACUGUUCUUACCCGGGACCCUACUAGGCUCAGUCAAGCUGAGCAAAACUCCUAUCCCCAGCUGGCUCAUCAGAAGUUGUCCUGA